UACUAGAACUUGAGAACUUGGUUAGAAAAUGGAUGUGUUGGCCAUUUUAAGCAACAUUUUACCAAUAGUACUGAUUUUUAUCUUUGUUGGUGUAUUCAUUUCUAUCAUGGAAUUAUGCACUAAUAGUAGAGCUAAGGAAAUUAUAAGAGGAAAUCCUUCUGUUGUUCCUUCACCUUCUGUCCUUGUUAAUGUCUAUGGUGGCGGCCAGCCUGCGGCCGCCAAGGAAGCUGCUCGAGGUGGCAGUGGAGCCGCCAAAGGUGGUGGUUCUGGAGGUGGAAAUAAAGUUGUGAGUGAUGGUUCAAAAGUUGGUACAAAAGUUGUUACUAUUUCUAUUGAUGGUACAAGUGGUAAGGUAAAUACUACUACUACUACUCUUCACUCAUCAAAUAAUGGCUCUACCGAUAAAUGUGGCAUAUGCAAAAAGGCUAUUUUGUUGGAGCCGGCCUCAGUGAACGGUGGUGUCCGUGCCAAUGGUGGCGGUGGAGCAGCCAAAAAUGGUGGUUGUGGAGAUGGAAGUAAAGUUGUGAGUGAUGGUUCAAAAGGUGGUGCAAAAGUUGUUACUAUAAUUAUUGACGGCACAAAUGACAAGGCUAUUUUGUUGGGGCCUCAGUGAGGUGCGAGCCAAUGUUGGUAGUGAUGGUGGUGGAGUGGUGGUAGCGACGACAGGAUUGGUGGUGGCGCAGUUGAUGGCGGCGGCGGUAGCCAUAUUAAAUAAGUAUGUAGCUAGAAAAAGUCUAUAUAAAAAAAGAAAAAUAAAGAGAACGAACUUAUGUUUAAGGAGGGGAUAAUAUAAUUGAUGCUUCUUAAACAUCGUAUGAUCCAGAUAAACUCCUUUUGAUAAAUCAUGUAGUAUAUGAAAUGUGAAUUACUCUAGUUUCGUGAAUUGAGUGCUGAUUUUAUGAUUUUC